AUGUAUGACUCUGAUUACUGGGCAGAGCUCAGGUGUCAGAGCAGUUGUCGUCGUCCUGAUCAUCUGAACUACGUCUGGUACAAGAAUCAACACUAUAUGAUGGAAGGAGCAUCUUAUACAGGUUAUUUAUAUCCUGAAGACAGAGUUUCCUGUGCUGUUAAAGGACACGAGUAUUUCCGCUCUCCAUCAAUACGGGUAUGGAGUCAGUUUGAUUGGGGUGUGAGUUACACUUCUACUGAGAUCUGUGCCUUCAGAGGAUCAACAGUGGACAUUAACUCUACCUACACAUACCCAUCCAGGUGGAAUAACCAUGAUACUACAGUUCAGGAAACUUUCUGGUUCAUUCAAGAGAGUAAUGGGAUUCACGUUGAUCUAAGGACUGAUCCGGAGUAUUCAGGUCGUGUGGAGAAUCUCUGUGGAAACAACAAGUGCACUCUGAGAAUCUCUAACCUGAGAGAGAGCGACUCAGCUGUGUACAAGUUCAGGUUCACAACAAACCAACCUGCUGGGAGUUUAACUGGUUCAGCUGGAGUCACUCUGUCUGUCCCAGACCCUCAGCUCCAGGUACAAGUGAGGAGAUCAACAGCCAAUCCAUCUUCUACCUGGACAGAGCUGACCUGUCACAGCAGGUGUCAGCUCCCUGAUCAUCUUUCCUACGUUUGGUACAACAACAAUAAACCUGUUGGACGAAAAAAAUACUUUCACCUCCGACACUUUAAUGCUGAAGACAGCUAUCACUGUGCUAUAGAAGGACAGGAGCGUUUCCCUUCUCCUACAGUGUACGCUCCAAAGCCUCCCUCUGUGUCAGUGAGUCCCUCUGGUGAGAUCAUGGAGGGCAGCUCGGUGACUCUGACCUGCAGCAGUGAUGCUAACCCAGCAGCUCACUACACCUGGUACAAGGAGGACGAGGACUCACCAACAGCAUCAGGACAAAACUUCACCAUCACUAAUAUCACAGCUGAACAUGGUGGAAAUUAUCAGUGUGAGGCCAAGAACACACACGGACGUAGUAAGGCAACCUUACAUCUGACUGUUGGAGCAGCAUGGAGAUCAGCACUCAUUGGAUCAGCUGCUGCAGUUUUCCUCGCUGUGACUCUCCUCUCCGUGUUCCUACUGAUCAGAAAAAAGAGAAACUCUCAUCAAUCUGCUGAUCCUGGGGACAGACUUGACCACAGUGAGCAGCGUCGACACAAUCAGUCUGGGGAAAACUGUGACCUUAACUACGACAGUGUCCACUUCAUGAAGAGUGAGACGGAUCCCCUCUACUCCAACGUCAGAUCAGCUGAACCCAGCGAACACAAGGAGGCGGAGGAGGUUGCGUACGCUUCUGUCAACUUUAACAGAUCUGCCCCGAGAACCAGAGGUCAGGACACUGGAGAGGAUCCAGCUGCAUUGUACAGCACAGUCAAAACACCUCCUGCUGUUUAGACCAACGUCUGGAAAUCACCUGAGUCCCGAUGGAAAUAUCUCAACAGCUGCUGGAUGGUUUUGAAUAGAAGUUCAUUCAACUGUUCAUGGUCCCCACAGGAUGAAUCCUUCUUUGGUGACAGACUCCAGCAUCAUUGUUGAAGUGAAUGUUCAGCUUUAAGUGACUUGUCUUGACAGCUCAUGGAUAAAUUCCCCAGAGGAUGAAUCCAAACGACUUUGCUGACUCGACUUUUAUCUGAAAUAUAUCAGCAACUUGUAGAAAUUGUUAAAAUCGCCAUAUUUAGCCUGAAUGAAAAAUAUCAAACAUUUUAUAACUUGCAGCUUCAAACAUA